AUGUGUUUAUUGCUGAAUCGUGUUGUUGAUAUGGAGAAUCCGGAACGACAUAUCGUUUAUUUGACUGUCUCAUUAUUUGUGACGUUUCUUUGCAACAAGAAGACGGCUGGUGACGAGAAGGCAACCGCAAAGAAACAAAGUGUUCUCUUACGUCAUUUCAACACAUUGAUUGGUUACAGCAAUUCCGAGAAAUGUUUCACCAUACCACCUCGACGUUUGAGGUACACGACUAGGCGAUCGUCUUAUAAGAGAUCUCUUCUUCAAUCAAAUAUGAACAUGGAAACAUGCAAAUUACUGUCCAGAACUAUUGAUAUGUUAGAGUUAUCGUUUUUAGGAACACAGGAUGCUCAUAACGAAUAUACUUUUUAA